AUGAGUAACGAAGAUUAUGGCUACGACUACGACUAUCUAUUCAAGAUUGUGUUAAUAGGUGAUUCUGGUGUGGGGAAGUCGAACCUUCUUUCCAGGUUCACGACGGAUGAGUUCAAUGUGAACUCCAAGUCAACAAUUGGGGUUGAAUUUGCAACGAGGACAAUCGAAGUCGAGGGGAAAAAGGUAAAAGCACAAAUUUGGGACACUGCUGGUCAAGAACGGUACCGUGCGAUUACAUCUGCGUACUACAGAGGUGCGGUGGGUGCGUUGAUUGUCUACGACAUCAGUAAAUCUAGCAGCUACGAGAACUGUAACCAUUGGCUAGCUGAACUACGUGAAAAUGCCGACGAAAACGUUGCUGUUGGGCUUAUUGGGAACAAAUCCGAUCUAGCCCAUUUGCGUGCCGUCCCCACCGAUGAGGCCAAGAACUACGCUCAGGAAAACCAAAUGUUGUUCACUGAGACAAGUGCGUUGAACGCAGAAAACGUCGAUCUAGCAUUCCGUGAGCUCAUCACAGCCAUUUACCAGAUGGUAUCUAAGAACCAAGUUGACUUGAGCGAGAAGAGCGGCGGAGGCACUAUGCCAAGAGGCCCCACCAUCUCCCUCACCCCUGCUUCAAACGAAAAAACCAAGAAGUCAAACAACUGCUGCUGA